AUGAGAAGAGUCACGUUAUUUGUCAACGGGACUUCUAAAAACGGCAAGGUUGUAGCAGUGUAUGGAGCCUUGUCGGACUUACUAUCUGUAGCCAGCAAUAAAUUAGGAAUCAAAGCAUCUUGUUUAUACAAUGGAAAGGGAGGUCUGAUUGAUGACAUUGGCCUAAUCAGAGACGAUGACGUGCUGUAUGUCUCGGAAGGUGAUCCAUUUAUUGAAUUUCAAAAUGAAGUACAAGUUGUAACUGAACAACAAAUGGCUCACACUGACUGGUUAACCCUCAAUAUCGGUGGUCGUCUCUUCACCACUACCAGGAGUACUCUGGUCAGCAAAGAGCCAGAGAGUAUGCUUGCUCACAUGUUUCGAGAGAAAGACGUGUGGGGAAACAAGCAAGAUGAGCAUGGAGCCUACCUCAUUGACCGCAGCCCUGAGUACUUCGAGCCUAUUCUUAACUACCUGAGACAUGGCCAACUCAUUAUCAACGAGGGAAUAAAUAUAAGAGGUGUUCUUGAGGAGGCUCGCUUUUUUGGAAUUGAGCAACUUGCCGAUCAGUUGGAAUUGGUCAUCAAGAAUUCACAGCCACCGGAGGACCAUUCUCCCAUUUCCCGCAAGGAGUUUGUGCGUUUUCUUUUGGCCACACCCACCAAGUCUGAACUCCGUUGCCAGGGUCUUAAUUUCAGUGGCGCCGAUCUGUCCCGACUUGAUUUGCGCUACAUUAAUUUCAAGAUGGCGAAUCUCAGCCGCUGCAAUCUGACGCAUGCCAAUUUGUGUUGUUCCAAUUUGGAGAGGGCCGAUCUGUCCGGCGCCAACCUGGAUGGUGCCAACUUACAAGGCGUGAAGAUGCUUUGCUCCAAUGCAGAGGGAGCGUCUCUUAAAGGAUGCAACUUUGAAGAUCCGUCUGGGCUGAAGGCCAACCUGGAGGGUGCAAACCUGAAAGGAGUCGACAUGGAAGGAAGUCAAAUGACUGGUAUUAACCUACGGGUGGCCACUCUGAAAAAUGCAAAGCUGAAAAACUGCAACCUGCGGGGCGCCACUUUAGCAGGAACAGAUCUCGAGAACUGCGAUUUGUCUGGCUGUGACUUACAAGAGGCCAACCUGAGGGGUUCCAAUGUUAAAGGAGCUAUUUUUGAGGAGAUGUUGACGCCACUACACAUGUCGCAAAGUGUUCGAUAA